AUGAAGAGAAAGAAGAAGACAACUAGCUCCCGCCGCCGCCGUCAUCAUCUUUGCGGAGCUUCAGAGGUGGUUCGAGGAAAAGAGAAGUUCGAGAAAGCGAGAGAGGACGUGUUGGGCAAAGAGGAAGACAAGGAGAAGAGGUACAAAGCGAAACGCCGAACGCAUAAAGAAGCGAUGGAGCGGAAAUAUCCUGCUCGAGAAUACUUCUCGAGCGUCGACGCCGCCGUGAAAGCGCACCUGAACGACGAAGAAAAAGAGCUGUGGAAGUCAGAAGCGGACAGCUCUUCUUUUUUCCUUCGCUCUCCGGAAAAGAUUAGAAGUCAACGGUACAUGUUCCUCGACGGUGACGAAAUACCAAUCUUCGUUUCGUCGCGAAUCGCCGCGUCGUCGUCCUCGUCGUCGACUGCGUGUCUCACAACUUCGGGUGUCAACAUCGAGAAGAAGAAAACGAAAACGAAGAGAGGACCAAAACGACGUCUCGCGCGCAUCGUUGGUGCAGCUGUGCACGUCAUUCGCGGAGAAACUAUUUUGACGUCGAGCAUCGUGAUAGAUUAUCCAACAACCCGACGAAAUAGAGGCAAAUUUCGUCGGGUCGUGGUCUCCGUCGAGUCGUUUGUUUCUCCAGAUUUGAAAAGCCUCCCCCAAGGUUUGAGAAAGUGGGUGCCAAAAGAACAGCGUUUGCGCGCAGAGUUGAGCUUGCGAGCGCGUCUCUCGGUAACUUCCAACGCUUGUUUCCAACGAACAACGCGCGAAGGAGAGGAACAAACGUGGUGCGUGAGCGACGAGGAAGGCAAUUUGGAUUUGUUCUUUGCCAAAGCCGCGGAGAUACAAAAUGAGAAGCACAUCGCCGUCGUCGCUUUUGACAGAGGUUUGAACGAUACCGUUCGACGGGAAGGCGACGAGUGCGCCGCGCUCAUCCCGUGGAAAGUUUUGAAUUUGAAGACGGGUGUCGCGAGCUGGUUCACCUCCGGUCAACUCCAGCGUCUGCUCGUUGGUGACUUGUCGUGGGAGUCUUUGAGCGAGGAAGCGAAGUGGAUGAGGAAGGAAAAGAGCAGAUUCGUCUUGGACAUUGGCGCCGGUUCGUGUUUGUCGAGCGUACACGCGCACGAGAGAGCAACGUCUCAAAAGAAAAUAUACAUUUGCGUCGAUCCUUUGAUUUUAUAUACCGCAGAAGAGAAAGCGUGGAGGUUGAAAAACGUCGUGUUUGUUUGUGCGAAGAUUGAGUCGUUCAUGCCGUGCUUUUUACCUCCCGUUGGAAUAAUUUCAAAGAUUUUCGCCGCGCCGGAGUGCACUGCAUUCAGCGUCCAACGCAACACGUUCUAUGCGGACCUCAACAAGAAAUGGGGCGAACAGAUUGGAGCCGCUUUGAAGAGAGAACUCGUGGAUCGAGCUUUGGUUCCCGUGCGUUCUAUCAUCGACUUGGUGGUUUAUUUCGUGUGUCCGUUUUGGCUCGAAAAUCCUUCCGGAAACGAUUUCGCGAGCUUGUUCAACUGGACGAAGCCGUUUUAUGAUUUCGAGUGUUUCCUUUUAGAGACGUCGUAUUGCAAAUUCGGUUACGAAGUUCGCAAAAACACGUGCAUUUUGACCAACGUCGCCGGCGUCGAGUUGCCUAAAAUAUGCAAAAGUGGUUCUUAUUGCUUUUACCUUUCGCGUCUUUAA